AUGGAUGCAACACCUAAGAUAUUUGAUGAUGUCGUUCUGAAGGGAGGAAAUAAACCUGUUAUUGUUGACUUCUAUGCUGAUUGGUGUCAGCCAUGCCGAAUGCUAUCACCCGCUCUGGAAAAUUACACCAAAGAUAAGGGCACGACGGAUGGGAAAGAAUUUGACUUAAUGACAGUGGAUGUUGAUAAGCAUCAUGAACUAGCUGCUAAAUAUCAGGUUAGAGUUACAUCGCUCCCGACAGUGAUUGCUUUCAAAAAUGAGCAGAUCACGACAGAGCAGCUUUUCCAGAUCAUCCACAUAGGACAGGCAACGAUCACCUAUAUGUUACAGGGUUCAAUCCAGCACGAGGAUUCAAUGGGUAAUCUAGGAACUCUAUGCACUGGAGAUGUGCAGUGGAUGAUCGCGGGUCGUGGAGUGAAGCAUGCGGAGAUGCCGAUCUACCAAGAGGGUACUGAUGUACCUAUCGGAUUGCAACUGUGGGUUAACCUUCCAAGCCAACACAAAAUGACCGCGCCUACUUAUAGAGAUAUAAAGUCGGACGCUAUCCCUACGAUUGUCCGUGAGCAUGGUAACAUCGAAAUUCGAAUCAUCAGUGGGACAAGUUGUGGCAUAUCUGUCACCCCUCCAUCUGUUGGGGGAUGCUGGUAUCUCCAUUUGAAGUUUCGCAAGGACCAUUUCUCAUUCGAUCAAGAAUUACCUUCGGGAUGGACAGCAUUUAUAUAUGUUCUUGCAGGGACAUUAUCCAUCCGAUCAGAGACAUUUUCACCACGUACUGCAGUCGUUUUGUCAUCUAAUCCCAAUGAGAGUUACGUUCAUCUUAGUGCAGAAGAGGAUGGGACAGAAAUUGUAUUGUUCGCUGCCAAACCCCUGAACCAACCUAUUGCCAGAUUUGGUCCGUUCGUGAUGAAUACAAAAGAAGAGCUUCAGAAGGCUAUAUUGGACUAUCGAAUGGAGAUCAACGGAUUUGAAAAUGCCAGGCGAUGGAAAUCAUCCAUUGGAGGGCGGCAGUAG